GUGUAAUUCAUUGCCAGUAUCUGAGACUUUGAACCUCAGCAGCCACCGUCGUGCAGGCAAACAUGGCGUCCGACGAGGAAAGCGACGAGGAUUUUGUCACUUAUGGAACUCCUUUAGAGCCUCUCGAAGAAGACGAGCCCCUCAGAAAGCCCAUACCCGUGCAUGACCAGACGGUUAAGGAUGAGAAAGGCCGCUACAAGCGGUUUCACGGAGCCUUCACUGGUGGCUUCUCUGCUGGCUACUUCAACACCGUCGGCACGAAAGAAGGUUGGGCGCCGUCGACGUUCGUGUCGUCGCGAAAUCAGAAGGCAGAGAAACACAAUGCCAGACCAGAGGACUUCAUGGAUGAAGAAGAUUUCAGCGAGCACGGCAUCGCACCCCAACAGAUCACCACCACUGAUGAUUUUGUUUCUGGGAGGCCCGAUCAGAUCAAGGACAAAGCCCGAGCCAUCAGCUCCCUCACUGCUCCCAUCCCAGGAGACACUCUGCUGGAGGAGCUGAUCGCGCCCGCACGGUCGUCUAUCGGGGUGGAGCUGCUUCGGAAGAUGGGAUGGAAGGACGGUCAAGGGGUCGGACCCAGACUGAAAAGGAGACGAGGCAAACAAGACUCGGGUGUUAAAGUGUAUGGAUGUGUUUUACCAUCCAAAGGAUCUGAGGAAUCGGAGGAUGAUGACGAGUUUGCUCCCGAGAACGUGACUUUCGCACCCAAAGACGUGACCCCGGUGGAUUUCACCCCUAAAGAUGACGUCCAUGGACUCGGCUACCGAGGCCUCAACCCCCUGCAGGCCCUGAGCGGCGGUCCAGGGGUGUCGCAUAUCAACCUCUUCACGCUGGACUCUGAUAGGGCGAGCCUGUUUGGCGACCGGAAGGCGGGGCAACAUCGUAAGGGUGGGAUCUCAGGACAGGCAUUCGGCGUGGGAGCAAUGGAGGAUGAGGACGAUGAUAUCUACCACAAGGACGCCAUGUCCAACUAUGACGUCGUUCUGGGUGGGGAGGAGCCGGGGGACGGACUUUACGGAUGGACCGCACCUCAGCAGUACAGACAGAAGAAGAGAGAUUCAAGCAGAGAUGCAGUGUACGUGGGGAAAAUCCUGGAAGGUUUCACGCUGACUUCCAAACCUGCGGAAGCGAAAACCGUGUUUCCUCCGCCCGUCCUGCCUCGCGAUUAUCGGCCUGUGCAUUAUUUCCGGCCGGUGGUGGACACGUCGUCCGUCAGCCCGAUGGUAGCCCAGGCGCUGCAGGCUUCACGUGGACAGCUAUCCCAGAAUGCACCGCAGCUGCAGAGCCGCCACACGCUGGACUCCGCUCAGAGGAGAGAGAUGCUGGGAGAGACCGGUUUACAGGGUCCCCGCUCUGUAUUUGAGCUCCUGGACAGUAAGGACAGAGAGAGGUUGAGUGAGAUCCGUAAAUCUGUAGAAGAGAAGAGAGCUACUUUACCGGAUCGUUUCCAGUCCAGUACCGCUCCGUCUGAUGUUCUCACCCAGCUCCAGGUCUCUAGAACUCAGGCAGACGUACAGCUCCAGCCCCGGGCUUCAGACACGGCCCAGCGGGCUCUCAGCGUCUGGUCGAGUCCCACAGCUCAAACCGGCCAGACUUUUAGACCGUUUGAGAAAAACCCGUCCAAGCAGGCGCGCUACGACCGCUACAUCAGCCACCUGAAACAGGGGGAUAGAGCUGAAGACGCUGUGGAGUUGAGUCUGGACCCAGGGAUGACGGAGUGGGAGCGAAGCCGAGAGCGAGACGAGUUCGUGCGCGCUGCCGUGCUCUAUAAACCGACUAACUCCUCGCUCUCCUCUCGCUUCACCCGCGCCAAACACGAGGACGACACCGACAGCGUGGAGGUGCCACGAGAUCAGGAGGGCGACAAGGAUGACAAGCAGGCAGCAGUGAAGAUGAAGAUGUUUGGGAAACUCACUAGAGACACGAUGGAAUGGCAUCCUGAUAAACUACUCUGCAAGAGGUUUAAUGUUCCACACCCUUACCCAGGCUCGAGCAUCGUGGGCCUCCCCAAAGUGAAGCGUGACAAGUUCUCCAUAUUCAACUUCCUGUCUGUAACGGAUGACGGACAGAGCUCUCAGGCCACGCCCACAUCCAGCUCGGGGAGCGCUGCCGCUUCCUCACUUGGUUCCUCCUCUUCAGCGGCCUCGGGCAAACGCUCAAGGUGGGAUGUAGCCGAUCAGGGGUCAAAGGUUAAAGAGACGCCGACCGUACACGAGACAGGGCGACAGCAAGAACACACGAUCGCCGCGAAGACAUCCACAACAUCCUCAGGCUCCAUCGCUGCUGCCGAGCCUGAAGUCUCCGAGGCUGAGGCCGAGCAGAAAACCCAGACGGCUGAGGAUGAAGAGGAGGCAGAGGAAGAAGAGGUCAGACCUCCGAUGGACCUGUUCAAGGCCAUCUUCGCCAGCUCAUCUGACGAGAAAAGCUCGUCUUCAUCCGAGGAAGACAGCGGUGAAGAGGAGGAGCAGGAGGCGGAGCUGCAAACACCCGUCGUCAUACCUGCCCUGCCUGUUGCACCUCAGGCUCCUCCCACGUCACGUUUAAGUAGUGUAACCGAGCCGGAAUCACAAAUCGCCGAUAAAGGAGCGCAAAAAGACUCUCCCGCUGCUUCUUCUGUCCGCACUGCAGAUCUCGACCGUGAGGAGUUUGGACCCAGACUACCACCACCUGGGCAAGCGUUCCCCUCGUCCUCGUCGCCAGUACGGGAAGAAAAAGCGAAGAAACGGAGCAAAGAGCGGCACAAAUCCAAGAAAGAACGCAAACACGGGAAAGAGAGGAAGCAUAAGAAGAAGAGUAAGAAGCACAAGCAUAAAGGGAAACAGAAGAAGAAGAAAAAGGAGGAGGAGGAGACGGAUAGUAGCGCCGACGACUCCGACUCUGACGGUGGUGAUGUAACGAAGACGGGGUCGGUGUCCAACAAGGAGCUGCUCCAGAGGUCCGGGGUCUUACCCGUAGACAUUACACCGUUGAAAAACCUCCGAGGAAAGAAGUGACGGUGUGAGGACUCUGAGACGGACGAACUGUCCUCCAUGAGGAUUCUGCUCUAACGCGUAUAGGAGCUCGAUUUUGUGUGAAAUUCCAUGUUUAGCGACAUUAAGAACAUGCCUUCUCCACUUGUAUGCGCAUUUAAAAAUAAAGUCCGUGUCAAUCCCG